GGCAAAAAGCUGCACACGCGAAGCGUAUACAAGUGCGAAUUGAGUCAGUCUGCUAGUGAUCUCAUCAACGCCAAACAAACGCAAUUCCAACCGGCUGCGACAUUUGUAAAUAUAAAAUAUUCUUCCAUUGAUUUCGCAGUUUUCCAACACAAAAUAGUGACAAUUUGCCAUUUUCUUCGCUACAAAAAAAUAACAAAAUCAAAAAGCGAAAUGUUACUUUCCAAAUCGAUGCGAAUAACACCAACACUUGUGAGUGCAACUGCAGCAAGAAUUAGUGGCCCAAGUGUGGUGGCGAGUCUGGAUCAGCAUAGAAAUUUGGUUCUUACAAACGCAGUCAUACAAAAUGGUUUGACCGAGAAUGUACGCGCGCAAAGCGAUUUCAUCAGUUUCAACGCAAUUGCUCCCUUCACAUUCACAGCCGUUCGCUUUUACGCCGAUAAUGCCAAGCGAGAGCAUCAAACCACCAGCUCGACGCAGAAUGUGCCUGCACCCAGUUUACCGGAUCGCGAACAAGUGGAAAGAUUCCUCUUCCGUGUGCUUGCUCUGCUUUGGGAUGUAAGCGUGUGGGUGUAUAUUAACACGAAGAAACUAAUCGACACACAUAUAAUCGCUAACGAUUCCGUGCAAUGGUAUUGGAAGCGAAUGCAUGAACGGAUGGCUAAAGCCAAGAAGGAAUGGUAAAAUGUGUGCGUGUGUUUGUUGAUUACGCAAAACAAAAUGCAUUUUCAAUUUUUCGCUCGAAGAACGUUGACUAUACGGUUCAUUUCCAUCUGAUGUUCAACGAUUUUGUUUUUGAAAUUAAAUUAGCUAGUAUGUUUGUAUUUCAUUAGAUAAAUUUCAUAUUUAGCCCCCAUGUUAACAUAUUUAUUAAUUAUUUUUCCCAAUAAAAUAAAAAUUAAAACAUUUCCAACUAUUAAA